AAAGGCCUGGGGGUUCAUACCCUACUCUACCCCUCCUGUUGCCAUGGGAUGCAAUAAGAACACAGUAAUAGAAACCUCCUCCUAAAUAUAAUAAUAACACAUAAAGUGACCUUCAUUAGGGAAACAGAACAAUCCAUGACCACAUUCAGAAUGUCUUUUUUAUGAUUUUUAAGAGUUUGGGAUUAUGAUGAUUCCAUGUUUAUUAGUGUUUUAAUUUUUUUCCUCUGUCCCCAUUGAACUGAGGAGACUCUUUUGUAGCAUGAUGAAAGGGUUAACGCUAGGGUUGAUCCAGGAACUCUCUCUCAGUAUAGGGCCUUUUAAAGAAACUACAUCUCCCAGUAUAGGGCCUUUAAAGAAACUACAACUCCCCUCUCCAUGCUAACCAUCUCUUUACAUGAUUGGAGGGGAGUAGUGUGUGUGAGACCCAUCUAUCCCAGUCUUAACUUCAGGCUUAUAGUUACUCCAUUUUAAAAUGUGCUGUAUCUGGGGGGCUGAUGAGAUCCCCAUCCUGAAGCAUAACGUCUGUACAAGCUGGCUGGUAGUUCCCAUCUACAUAUCCCUAAUGAGAGAGCCCCCCUGAACUAACACAGACAGGACUGAAGUAGAUUCUCUCAGACAGGAGUUGUUGACUGAAGUAGAUUCUCUCAGACUCAACUCAAUAGUCUUUUUCACAGGUGGUUUAGCUCUGAGAGGGAAUGCAGGGCGAACGGAAGGAGGUAUGUCCUGUUGGCUCUCUGUGUCACACAUGAUAUUGUUUUCACGGUUGUGAGGUAGGUUGGUGUUUGUCCUGCGUGGACCCAGAGAAGGACAGGUCUCGGUGGGGCAAGGAGAGGACUGGACGUGGGCUGGGCUUGGAGGUAGGGUGGAUGGUGGGGCAAGGAGAGGACUGGACGUGGAGGUAGGGUGCAUGGUGGGGCAAGGAGAGGACUGGACGUGGGCUGGGCUUGGAGGUAGGCUGCAUGGUGGGGCAAGGAGAGGACUGGACGUGGGCUGGGCUUGGAGGUAGGCUGCAUGGUGGAUGGUGGGGCAAGGAGAGGACUGGACGUGGGCUGGGCUUGGAGGUAGGCUGCAUGGUGGGGCAAGGAGAAGACUGGACGUGGGCUGGGCUUGGAGGUAGGCUGCAUGGUGGGGCAAGGAGAGGACUGGACGUGGGCUGGGCUUGGAGGUAGGCUGCAUGGUGGAUGGUGGGGCAAGGAGAGGACUGGACGUGGGCUGGGCUUGGAGGUAGGCUGCAUGGUGGAUGGUGGGGCAAGGAGAGGACUGGACGUGGGCUGGGCUUGGAGGUAGGCUGCAUGGUGGAUGGUAUGAUGGAUGAAAAGUAAUGCCUUGGAUCUCCAGCAACACAACGCUGUCUGUCCUGAGGGCUUGUGAAGCUUUCAAACCUAUGAUCUAUUAGUAACAUAAAGCCUUUUAUAAUCAUGAUGUUGACAGCGUUUAGGGGCCUCGAUCUCUCUACUUCUGAGUCUUUUCAAUAGUGUGAUUGAAAACAAAAAUGUACAUUAUUAUUCUAUUUAAAAAAACAAGAAAAAAGAAAUGAAAAAAGACAAGUGUUCUGUAUGGACCUGUAUUUACCCAUCAGUUUCUGAUGUUGAAACACUGUGAUUAUUAUAAAUGUUGUUGGACAACAUGAGUUUAAGAAGACAAAAGCUAGAAAAAUACAAACAAAAAGACAGUUGGAGGAAACGUUAUGGUGGAUUGGUAAUACUUAGGCUGAACAACAAUACAAAGUAAAAGGCUAGCUAUUUUCCUUAUCGAGGUCACUUUAACCUUUCUUCUCUUUGUACUUUCUUUAUAUUAGAUACAUGUGAAUGUUAAAUGGACUCAAUUAACGUACUUGAAUAGUAACUUUGGGUUGAGUCCCAAAUAACACCCUAUCCCCUACAUGGUGUUCAACCUUUCACCAGGAGCCGAUAAGACCUCGAUCAGGGCCCAUGGGGCUCUGGUCAAAAGUAGUGCACUAUAUAGGGGAUAAGGUGCAAUGUAGGACUCACCCUUGGUCUUUUCCGUGUCCUUUCGCCCCCCAGUACUCCAGUGAGAGCUCUGCUAGAGUUUCUAGUGCCUUCCAUUAUUUAUUUAGCUUAUUUUUUUUGAACAGUUUUUUGACAUGAUGGAGUAACGGAAGUGCUGUUGAUUUCUGCUACAUUGAAGUGCUUUACUGGCUCUGUGGGUACAAAAGUCAAAGGUACACUGGGAAGGGGAGACGGGGGAAGGUGGGCUGUGGGGGUUUUGUUUCUUUGUGCCAUUUAUUGUUUUAGUAUUGGGGGUUAAAUACAUUUUGAUUUGGGGGUCGGAAGACAAACUUAGUCCUAGACUCUGCAGAGAGUAGGAAUGGAUCUGAUGGUGAAGCUUGGACAAACUCUGUAUCUGAAACAGACAAAGGAACGCAGACAACAGAACAACAGAGUGAGGCUGAACCAGGGUUACCUAACAUUUAAAAUAAAGGGUCUGUUAGGAACGGAAUGCUUGACUGUUCCGUUUGUUCUAGUGUUCGGGGGACACGUUUCAGAUACUAGAACCAUUCAUUCAGUAUGCAAGAGCUCUCUAGCUAACACUGAGCCUAUCAUUAGACCCACUACAACAAUCAGACUAUCUUUACUGAUGGCCUGUCCACGAAGCCUUGAGUGUGUCCGACACCAGGCAGCACGGUAUACAAGCCUUGUGUUGGUGGUGAAAGAGAGGGGAGGAAGUGGUAGACUGAUAGGAAUAGAGAAGAGAAAGUCAGUCAGUGAGAAACUGUAUUUGUGUGAAUGUCUCAAGAGUUAAAACCAGAUUGUGGUGUUUUAUAGUUUACGAACCAGGCAUAAUGUGUGUCUACUGUCAGUGGGGCAGUCUUAGGUUGUGUCCCCCAAAUGACACCCUAUUCCCUAUAUAGUGCACUACUUUUGACCAGCGCCCUAUGGACCCUGGUCAAAAGUAGUGCACUGAAUAGGGAAUAGGGCGCCAUUUUGGAUGUAGUCUUUACAGUAGUAGUUGUGAAUGGGCCCUAUGCCAUUUAAGGUGGGUAAAGUGAAAGUGGAGUUGAGGUAGAAGCCAGGGCUAGUGGAGGCAGAAGAGGAGAGGUCAGGGGACUCUCUAUCUCCAACACAUGGCAGUAGUACUGUACACUGUGCUGCUGGGUUUGACCAACAAGUGACUUCCUCAUCACCAAUGCAAUGCUGGUGGUUCAAGCCCAGUUAUUUCAUCAUCUGCUUAAUGCUGCCCCAGUCUCUUUAAUGAAACCACCUGUGGCUUUUAGUGCAGGUUUGUAGCUUGUUCUAAAGUAGCAGACAGUCUCACCGCUCACAAUGCAGACAAAUAAAUGGUCGGUUCCAUCAUUAUUAGAUUUCUUUGACGUGAAUGUUUUAGUUUUUUGGUUGAUGUCCUUCUGGUCUUUUUGGAAACCUUACAAGAUGUUGUAAUGAUAGAUGAACAGUGUCCGUGUCUUUCUCGUUACCUGACAGUGUUGUAGACAGUAAAACUGGUCCAAUCUGUGUACAACAGAAUAGUUCAUUAAGCCCAAUAUCCUUUUCAAAGCAACUGUACAAAACCAUUACCUGGGGUAAAACAUGUUUAAAGCCGUAGAAAAGUGAUUUUUAAUAAACACUCGUCACCUUAACUACUGAUUAGCUUACAGGGACUGCUAGAUCUAUCGCCUUCUGCUUAGCGCUUCAGUCGUCUCUCCUCACUGUAAACAUGUCUGCUACGGAAAUCACUUGAAAACAGAUAGUAGAUUCUCAAUCAUUUGUCUUUACAGAGUGACUAUGUUGUCUCCUGGAUAUUUAAAACCGUUAAAAACAUUUGGGGUUUUCUUUGUAAAACGUUUUGUGGUAUGAACUUUUCGUUCUUACUGGAGGCCCUCAGUACAGCAGUAUGGUACUUACUGGAGGCCCUCAGUACAGCAGUACGGUACUUACUGGAGGCCCUCAGUACAGCACUACAGUACUUACUGGAGGCCCUCAGUACAGCAGUACGGUACUUACUGGAGGCCCUCAGUACAGCACUACAGUACUUACUGGAGGCCCUCAGUACAGCAGUACGGUACUUACUGGAGGCCCUCAGUACAGCAGUAUGGUACUUACUGGAGGCCCUCAGUACAGCAGUACGGUACUUACUGGAGGCCCUCAGUACAGCAGUACGGUACUUACUGGAGGCCCUCAGUACAGCACUACAGUACUUACUGGAGGCCCUCAGUACAGCAGUACGGUACUUACUGGAGGCCCUCAGUACAGCAGUACAGUACUUACUGGAGGCCCUCAGUACAGCAGUACGGUACUUACUGGAGGCCCUCAGUACAGCACUACAGUACUUACUGGAGGCCCUCAGUACAGCAGUACGGUACUUACUGGAGGCCCUCAGUACAGCAGUACGGUACUUACUGGAGGCCCUCAGUACAGCAGUACGGUACUUACUGGAGGCCCUCAGUACAGCAGUACGGUACUUACUGGAGGCCCUCAGUACAGCAGUACAGUACUUACUGGAGGCCCUCAGUACAGCACUACAGUACUUACUGGAGGCCCUCAGUACAGCACUACAGUACUUACUGGAGGCCCUCAGUACAGCACUACAGUACUUACUGGAGGCCCUCAGUACAGCACUACAGUACUUACUGGAGGCCCUCAGUACAGCACUACAGUACUUACUGGAGGCCCUCAGUACAGCAGUACGGUACUUACUGGAGGCCCUCAGUACAGCAGUACGGUACUUACUGGAGGCCCUCAGUACAGCAGUACAGUACUUACUGGAGGCCCUCAGUACAGCACUACAGUACUUACUGGAGGCCCUCAGUACAGCACUACAGUACUUACUGGAGGCCCUCAGUACAGCAGUACAGUACUUACUGGAGGCCCUCAGUACAGCACUACAGUACUUACUGGAGGCCCUCAGUACAGCACUACAGUACUUACUGGAGGCCCUCAGUACUUUGCAAGUUUGGUUGAAGCUGUGAACGUGACAAAAAAUACUAUUUUCUUAGUUAUUUUGUUGAUGAUCGAUACUUUUGAAAAACAAAAACAAAUAAGACCUUUACAAUGCCACUGCCUCAGUGCCAUUACCAUGCAGCAAUGACUUUAGCUUCAAUCUGCUCUAUCUAAAGAAUACGGAGCAAUAUUUACAAUGUUUACUUCCUCUUAACUAAGUGUCAUACUGUAUGAUACAGUGGCUGCAAUGCAUAACAUGCAAUGGUGAACAGGUUAUGGUGAGGUUACAGUAGUGAACAGGUUAUGGUGAGGUUACAGUAGUGAACAGGUUAUGGUGAGGUUACAGUAGUGAACAGGUUAUGGUGAGGUUACAGUAGUGAACAGGUUAUGGUGAGGUUACAGUAGUGAACAGGUUAUGGUGAGGUUACAGUAGUGAACAGGUUAUGGUGAGGUUACAGUAGUGAACAGGUUAUGGUGAGGUUACAGUGGUGAAACUGAAGACCACCUCUGAUGAACAUAUUUACAGUAGCUCUGGUCCAGCUCUGCUCCAACGAUCGUCAUCGUGAGAGAGUAGCUGAACCACGCCCUGGACCAGAGCUACAUUUACAUAGUUACAGAAUUUACAAAGCGUAAUAAUAUACAUUUUUACCAUCCAUUCAGAAUCCCGAUGGAUUCUGCUACCUGUUCUGUUCCUUGUUACUGUUACGACACACCUCCUCCUUCGCCUUUCUGUAACUGAUGUCCUGCAAAGUGCACAUAACAUGUCAUGCAAUUCAGCGUUGGUCUGACUGACACAGAAGUGGUUGAAUAAAGAGCAUGCUUGUUUCUCUAGCUACCAUCUGGCAUGUUACCUUUUCAUCACAGCUUAUUAUACUGUAAAGUUAUAACCACAAAACGACUCCAAACGUGUACACACAAAAACAAAACAUUUCAAGUUGAUUUAAAGUGUUUUGUUCUACUUAUCAGAAUUUUUUUUUUUUUUUUUUGCAAUUUUAUGUCUCAAGAAACAUCUAGUGACUUAAUUCAAUGGUUUUUCCUCGUGCUGUUUAACAUUGUACAAAAAUGUUUUCAAAUAAUAGUAAAAUGGAAAACCAAACGGAACCUGUUAGAAAUCAUUGGCAGUGUUUAACUGUUCUGCAUUAAGUAGAGGCUGUUCAAGCUUCAAAUAAAACUGCGCUUUGCGCUCCAAUAAAAUAUAUUUGUUACUUUAUUUGUAAACUUAAUAAAUAAAAGUAAUUUAAAUUAA